GAACCCAUUCCUCUCAGCAUUUUAAAACAUGCCACUCUCUUCUCCACAUGCAUUAACAUUGUUCCUCUCCAAUGGCUCUCUCUUCACUCAGUUUCUAUUUUCUAUGCUUUCUCCUCUUCACUCCUUCUAUUUUCUCGUAUUCAUCUCUGACUUCCCCAAACCCUAAUCAAAUCUCUGCCACAAGUUUCUGCAAGAACGCACCAUAUCCAGAUGCAUGUUUCCACUCUUUAAAACUCUCUCUCUCCAUCAACAUAAGCCCUAACAUUCUGUCUUUCCUCCUUCAAACCCUCAAACUAGCUCUUUCCGAGGCUGGAAAACUCACCGAUCUCCUUUCAGGCGCCGGAAUCUCGAACAACCUCGUUGAGGGCCAACGUGGCUCUCUUCAAGACUGCAAAGAUCUCCACCACAUAACUUCUUCCGUAUUGAAACGUUCUCUCUCCAAAAUCAAAGAAGAUGCUAAUGAUCCACGGAAGCUAGCUGACGCUAGAGCUUACUUGAGCGCUGCUCUCACCAACAAGAACACUUGCUUGGAAGGUCUUGACUCGGCAUCUGGUCCACUAAAGCCAAAGCUUGUGACUUCCUUUACGACCACUUAUAAACACGUAAGCAACUCUCUUUCGGCUCUUUCAAAACAGCGAAAGGCCAAUCAUCUUAAAACCAAUAGCAAGACCAAGAACCGCCGGUUACUUGGGUUAUUUCCCGACUGGGUUUCUGAGAAAGAUCGCCGGUUUUUAGAAGAUUCCGGUGAUGAGUAUGACGAGUAUGAGCCGAGUGAGAUCCUCAUUGUGGCUGCUGAUGGAACAGGUAAUUUUACAACUAUUAACGAAGCUAUAAGCUUUGCUCCGAAUAUGAGUAGCGACAGAGUGCUGAUAUAUUUAAGAGAAGGUGAGUAUAACGAAAACAUUGAGAUUCCAAGUUACAAGACUAAUAUUGUCCUGAUCGGUGAUGGAUCCGAUGUUACGUUUGUUACCGGCAACCGCAGCGUCGGAGAUGGAUGGACCACUUUUCGAUCUGCCACUCUUGCGGUUUCUGGCGAAGGAUUCUUGGCGAGGGAUAUAACCAUAAUGAACACAGCGGGGCCAGAGAAGCAUCAAGCGGUUGCUUUACGCGUUAACGCGGAUUUUGUGGCCUUAUAUCGAUGUGUCAUUGACGGUUACCAGGACACACUUUACACUCACUCAUUCCGACAAUUCUACCGUGAAUGUGAUAUAUAUGGAACAAUUGAUUAUAUAUUUGGCAACGCGGCUGUGGUUUUCCAAGGCUGCAACAUAGUCUCAAAGUUGCCAAUGCCAGGACAGUUCACUGUAGUUACGGCACAGUCACGAGAUAGUCCGGAUGAAGACACUGGGAUCUCGAUGCAGAACUGCUCCAUCUUUGCCACGGAAGAUUUGUUAAAUAGCUCAACUAGAGUGAAUAGCUAUUUAGGGCGUCCAUGGAGAGGAUAUUCAAGAACCGUUCUAAUGGAAUCUUUUAUUGAUGAAUUUAUUGACGGUUCGGGUUGGACCAAAUGGGCCGGUGGUGAAGGACUUGAUACUCUGUAUUAUGGCGAGUACAAUAAUAACGGGCCAGGUUCUGAUACAAGUAAGCGGGUCAACUGGUCGGGUUAUCACAUUAUGGGUUACGAAGAUGCGUUUAACUUCACGACAACGGAGUUUAUUACCGGCGAUGGUUGGUUAGGCAGUACUUCCUUCCCUUAUGAUAAUGGCAUAUAACACAAAUUUUUGGAACAAGUGUAUAGAAA